UGCAACUUUUCAGCCCUCUGCAGAUCCGGACACGAUACCUUUGUUGUUGUUGUUGUUUUUAUCUUGGAUUCGUGAAGACACUUCUGGAGAUUUUGAGAAAUGUCUCGCAAGAAGGCUGUGAAAGGCAAAGCCGCGAGCAGCAGCCCGUCCGCGGGCAGCCCCGCCGGGAAGGGGGCCGGGAAGGCUGCGAGGAGCAGCCCGGGCAUUGUGCAGAUGAACGGGGUGGUCCAUCCCAGCAGACCCUCCAUCAGCAACAGCAGCGAGUUUUAUGACAUCGCUUUCAAGGUGAUGCUGGUUGGAGACUCUGGUGUGGGGAAAACGUGUCUGCUGGUGCGUUUUAAAGACGGAGCUUUCCUGGCUGGCAGCUUCAUCUCCACUGUGGGCAUCGACUUCAGGAAUAAAGUCCUGAACAUUGAUGGAGUCAAGGUGAAGCUGCAGAUCUGGGACACAGCUGGACAGGAGCGGUUCCGCAGUGUCACUCAUGCCUACUACCGUGACGCCCACGCUUUGCUUUUGCUGUAUGACGUCACCAACAAAACGUCCUUUGACAACAUACAGGCGUGGCUGACUGAGAUCCACGAGUACGCCCAACAGGAUGUGGUGCUCAUGCUGCUUGGAAACAAGGCUGAUGCCACUCACGAGAGGGUGGUGAAGAGAGAAGACGGAGAGAGGCUCGCAAAGGAGUUUGGAGUUCCCUUCAUGGAGACCAGCGCCAGGUCCGGUCUCAAUGUAGAGCUGGCCUUCACUGCUGUGGCUAAGGAGCUGAAGCACCGGUCUAUGAAGGAUCCCAGUGAGAAGUUCAAGCUCCAGGAGUACGUAAACAAGGAGAUGAAGAGCACAAGCUGCUGCAGGUCUUAAAGCCUGCCUUAGUCGUUCUCUGGAUCUGUGUGUGUGUAUGUGUGUGUGUGUGUGUGGAUCACUCAUGUUCAUACAAUCGAUGUUCCAUAUCUGACCUGAUCAGAGAUGAGGAGUCAGCUCCAGCGAGGUAUAAACCUUUUCGUCCUCCCUUUCCUGCACUCCCAAACCUCCCCAUCUCAGUCCACACGCCCUCCAUCUGUCGUCCUGCGCUCAUUUCACUGCCCUACUCCAUCUUGCACGUCCUGCUUUUCCUCAC